AUUGCCAAGUUGAUUCAAAACCGAUUAGAAGUUAACUGAAUUUCUAUGUUUUAUUUAAAUAUUAUGUGACUUUCUUGAGUUAAAUCUUGAUUCAUGUGGAUUCACAAGCAAAUACUUCAAGGGCAGGUUUCGAAUUAGCAAAAUUUUGAUUGAAAAAUGUCGAAAUUUAAAGGCAAAUUAAAUAUUUUAGUGCAACUUGACAUCAUGCCGCGGGAUCUGCCCAAAAUUUUCAGGUUAUAAACACUGAAAUGUGAUUUCCUUAUAUAAACCUGCAGUUUUUCGAUGACUUACCGCAGCAAUUAGUAUUUCCUUCGUUUUACAUCAAACCGGGGCAGGUGCAGAUAGACAUCUUCCAGAAUGACCUUCUUAAGUGAUCCAAGCGUGACCAAUCCAGUGCUAUCAUCGUUGAAAAUAAAAUCCGAAGACAAAAUAAUCUUCAUUAGAGAAAAUUCCUUGGCAGAUUCCAAUUUUAUUAUCACGCACUUGUUCAAGCAACUGCUGCAUCAAAAAAGUAGAAUUUGUUUGUUGACUUUGCACAACAAUUUCAACCACUAUCAGACGAUUGGCAAAAUACUCGGGUAUGAUUUAAGGGAAGCUGAAGGAAAAGGAGAUUUAAAGAUUAUUGAUCUAAUGGAAGAGAUGGUGGAGUACAUCGACAGAGAAAUUGAGGACAACAUUCACGAUGAAAGAAGCCAAAUCAUCAAAUGUGUUUACAACACAAUGGAAAAACAGAUAGAACAUUUCAUUUCAACGAACAACCAGCCGGUAUACAUCGUUAUAGAUGAUGCGAGCCAUUUUCUAGAUUUAGGCGUUGAACUGGGCCCUAUCAUUGGCUUUGUAAAUCGAUGUAUAAAUCUAACCAGUAAAGAUAACGUUCAUACUGUGAUAAAUUCGCAUGUCGAGUCAAAAAGCGACUUAAUACUAGCUAAUAGCAUUCAAUAUGUGUGUGAUGUUUUUAUAUGUGUUUCGGCACUCAAAACUGGUAAAAGUACUGAUAUUACUGGUGUUAUGACGGUCGUAAGAGAAGAUAACGAAAAAAAAUAUCAUUAUAGAACGUUCGACAGAGGAGUGAAAACGUUUAAUCCAUGUGAUACUAUUUACAAUUUAUAUAAGUAAUAUUUUGUUAUAAACCAUAUGCAUUCGAAAUUAAACUUUUAGUUCUUA